AUGGUUGUGUCGUCUCUCGCCCAAAACCAGGACGAUAUUGCCAAGGACAAUGGCGAGAUGAAGUCCCCCAUUGCCGAAGCACACCCGCUCGUUGCUGCCUUGAAGGAAGCUUGGUUCAAUGCAACCGGCUCCGCGGAGAUUGACCUUCCUAUCCUGGAGUCCUUCUUGAAAGCCUUGACGGAGAAAGAGAUCGAGAAGGGAAACAAUUCCGGUCUUCAAACCCUCUCUCUCGGACAAGGUGCUCAAUCAAACGAGAUCAACUUGUUUCUCAAUGACUUCAAUGAUGAAAUUGUCGCGGCUGGCAUCCCGAUCUCAGGCUCUGAAGAUUGUACCUCCACUCUCUCCACCGAAAACAACACCAAUGGCGAGGCCACCCGCGAUGAGCUCUUCAACAUUGUCAAAACCCUUCGUCCGCUCGUCAAAGAGUACAUGACCAUGAAGGAAAGCGUGAAUAAGUGGAAAAGUGACUAUGAUGCCGUUGUCGAGCAGAAUCGCGCUCUUCAUGAUGAGGUUCUCCACCUUAGAGAAACCGAUGUGGCUAUUCGCAGAGAUGCGCGGGUCGAGAAACUGACUCUUCACUGCAAGAAAUACCGCUACCGGUCCGCAUAUUAUGAGACCAGAUUCUACCAGAAGAAGACCAGUGUUGCCCCCCUGAAGCGCAGAGUCGCCAUGUUGAUGGAAGAAAAGAAUAAAUUGGAAGAUCAGGUGACUAAACUCCAGGAAGAGGUUGAGGACCAGAAAGACAGGAAUAUAGUCCUUGUUACCGAUUACGAUAACCUCAUGGCCACUGUUGGUUUGAGAAGAAUGGCUGGGUUCGCUGAUGGGUGGCGUAAUUUUACCUUGGCCACGGCGGGACUCUUGGAGACCGACUCGGAGGAGGAUGCGUAUGAGGACUUGUCCCGCCCUGUCUUGCAAGAUGUUCCCGAUGACCUCAGUGAUGACGCCUCAGAAGACCUCUUUGGCGAUGACGAGUUGGGCUUCACCAUGAAUGAGGAUCAUCUCUUUUGAGAUAUAGCUCCUCGCGCUUGAGAUGAAGCAGAUAGGGUGUUGUUCAGAUUGAGCUUGCAAGUUUGCAGGUUUGUGGGUUUAGAGGUUGAGCUGGUUCUCACACAUGGAACGAUUUCCCACCUUCUGAAAACGUGGC